UAGGGCAACGGGCAAACCUGCCCAGAUUAUCCCCUUCAAACAUAAUUAUAUAAGGCCUAAACCAGCACUUAAGUUUGAAAUCUCUCUCUCUCUCUUCCCCUCGCCCUCUAGGGUUUACUUAGGGUUUCUCUGGCCUUACUCAAUGCCUCAGAGGUUACUUAGGCUAUAGGUAAAUUUUUCUCUUCCUUAACCUCUAGGCCGGGUUUCUUAAAGUUGCUGUUAUUCAUGGUUUUAUCAAGGUUUAGGGUAGAGUUUUGAUAAUCUUAGGUUACAAGAUUAUGUGUGUGCUCACAAAAGUUUCUGGGUAAUUAAUCUCCUCCUAGAAAACCUCAUUUCUGGCUUUGGGAAUUCAAAAGUACAAUCUCUAUAUUUAGUGGGUUUUUUUUUUCUUCCUCAAGCAGUACUUUUGAGCUUGAAAGUGUUUCUGUUUCGAGAGGGUGGUAAGGUGGUUACUACACUUUCUUUUUAGUUUUUACAACUUUUCAGUCAAAUUUAGUAGCUUUAAAGUAUCCCAGUAGGGUUUUCUAGUGGUAGUUUUUUUUUUUUUGUGUUUUAGCAAUCUUCCUUGUAAACUUUACUCCUGCCAGAUUCAGUAAACUCUGAUAAUUUGUACUUCACUUCUAUCCAACUAAAUCUAGCAGAAGAGCGUUAUCAUCCAGUUUCAAAUGGCUCCAUCUGGUAGAAUAAGAAGUACUAGAAAGCAGCCAAGAAGAUCAAACCAUUUCAAGAAGCGGCUUCCACACUCCAAGAACAAUCAAGAAGCAAUAUCAAGGAAUUUGCCUUCUUCUAACUCUUCUUCCACCUCCACCUCCACCUCUGGUGAUUUUUCAAAGAUAGGUGACAUAGAUUUUGAGGGUGUUGAAAUCCCUUCAAGCGGCUGCUGCACACCAAAAGCUCAGAGAUUCCGAAUACCCGAGAUUUCGACAUGCCCGCCUGCCCCAAAGAAGCAAAAACUAGUUUCAAAUUGCUCGUUGGAAAGAUCUCCGAUUGCAUUCUUUGCUCCUCCAGACUUAGAGCUCUUCUUCUUCUUUGCACUUCGAGAUAUUUCGGUUUGACAUAUAUAUAUGUGUGUGUUUAUAGAGUCGUAUGAAGAUCAUUUCACCAAUUUAACUAGGAGAUGAUCUUUAUAUAUAUAGGAAGUUCUUUUAGCUUAGUUUGUGUUUUUCCGUCUUCAUGAGAAUUUGGGAUUUUGAUUGGGUGAUCUUUGGAAGCAGUUGUUAGCUUUGUUUCCCCUUUAAUUUGCUACUGUUUUCAAAUUUCUGGGCAUAUUAAUCACUAAAUUUAGCUGGUGUUCAUCUCCAACUAAAUUUAGCCUCUAUACCUACUUUCCCUUUUAUUAUGUAUUGCUGACCCUCUAGAGUUUGGUGAGUGCAGUGUAAUGGGUGGGAUUUCAGGUUUGUGAGUGUUUUUAGCUUGCAAUUAUAUCAGCUUUUGUGUGUUAUAAGUCAACCUGAAUUAGUAAAGCCAUAGACUUCUUUCUGUGUGUAAACACUUCUUUAUAUAUAUUAUCAUUCUGUCUUCUUAUUA